AUGAACUAUCAACAAUUUCAAUAUACGCCUGCAGAGCGUCAAAUGAAUUCGCAAAGUCCUCUUCACCUUAUGAAUACCGUUUCCGGUUCUUCCAAGCCUUCGAAAAUGCAUCUUUAUAGCUUAAACGCCAGUCAAUUGGAGCUUACAUCUUCUCCGAACGUGAGUCCAGGUCCAAGGCCCACCAUACGCCCUAUCCCAAGCCCGAUGACACCAAUAACUCCAUUAGUUUUAACAGAAAGUCAUUAUCAAAAAGAAUUCGUGCACCCUUCUCUUAGCAAUUCUCAUGAUCCAAGCGAGUAUGGUUAUUUCUAUCAUGGAAGUAACAUACAACAUUAUCAUCAAUCACCGUUGUCACAAUUACCUCAUCGAUACGGUUAUCACGAUCAAUAUGAUUAUUCGAUCAAUCAUCCUACUCAACCUUCAACAUCAUUUUCACCAGGUAGUCCGUCCCCGUUAUCAUCCGGUGCCUCAACUCCAACAUAUUCUACAUGUCUAUCAUCUUCUUUUCCAAAUCAGCUCACCAUUCUCAAUAACUACUGUAACGAAAAUUCAUUCCAGCCUAAUGCUGUGAACACGGUCGAUGAAAACCUUUUACGCAAUAACAAUACGUAUCUCGCACAUCCAUCAGGAUUCGUAAAUUUUGACUCGGAGGAUGGUGCGGACAUGUUUAAAGAUUUGAUUAUUACUAAUCCACUGGAUACCGGUCUUUAUUAUCAAAAUUUUCAUCAAAAAUCUCUAUAUGAGAUAAUGGCCAAUGGGACUGGAAAGUGUCAAGACAAUAAUGAUACACAGUUUCACCAAAUUUUGAAGGGAAUGAAUGAUAUGGAUAUAACGGAUUUUCAUUAA